CUCACUUCCGUUUUUCUCUCAGCUAAAUGCAAAGGGGUUCGUCGCUGCAGAGUCCCUGGGCAGAAGGAUCUGAGGGGGUUCGGGGCUGCAGCAAGGAUGUCCAAGGCGAGCAACCUCCUCCUGGCUUCUCUGCUACUCUGUCUUCACUACUGCGCUCUCUCCGGGGCCACAGGACCUGGCUUCGUGGGAAGAAUCACGGACAAAGGCCUGGACUAUGCUCGCCAGGAAGGGGUGGCAGCCUUGCAGCAGAAACUGGCACAGCUGACUCUGCCCGACUUCUCAGGAUCCUUCAGAGUGAAAGUUAUUGGAAAAGUGGACUACAGACUCUACAGCUUGAACAUUCGCAGUUUCCAGUUGCCAAGCUCCGCUAUAGCGCCAGUCCCAGGCAUGGGCCUCAAGGUCUCCAUCACCAAUGCCUUUGCUGAAGUGACGGGCCAGUGGUCGGUGAAGAAGCGCUGGUUCAAGGACCACGGCUCAUUUGACCUGGAGGUUGAGGGCCUCUCCAUCUCUGUAGGUUUGAAGCUGGGGGCAGAUGCUGCUGGGAGGCCGACGGUGAGCACAGCAGGUUGCGCCGCUCACAUCUCCAACGUCAAAGUGCACUUUUCAGGCAGGUUGAGCUGGCUGUACAACCUCUUCCACAAAAACAUCGAGUCGUCGUUCAGACAUACCAUGGAAGGCAAGGUCUGUGACGAAGUGAGCAGCUCCAUUGGCUCCAAACUGCAGCCUUUCCUGCAGACUCUGCCAGUCACGGCUAGAAUUGACAAGGUGUCUGGGAUCGAUUACUCUCUGGUUGCUCCUCCUGUGGCUUCACAGAAUUCCCUAGACUUGGACCUGAAGGGCGAAUUCUUCUCCCUCGCCCAUCGCUCUGCUCCUCCCUUCACACCACCAGCCCUCGCUUUCCCGGUGGAUCACGACCGCAUGCUUUAUUUUGGGAUCUCCAGUUACUUCUUCAACACCGCAGGCCUUGUAUACUACGGAGCAGGGGAGAUGAACUUCUUCAUCACGGACGACAUGGUUCCGAAGGAGUUUAAAAUCCGCCUCAACACCACAUCCUUUAAGGCCUUUGUUCCACAGUUGGAAAAGCUGUACCCCAACAUGCUCAUGAAGCUCCAAGUCUCACCUUCUUCUGCCCCAUCUCUGACCAUCACACCUGACGCCAUUUCGCUGUCCCCGGUGGCCGACAUCAGAGCAUUUGCCAUCCUCCCCAACGCUUCCUUGGCCUCGCUCUUUGUGAUUGGUGCGUCAACCACCAUUUCAGCCAAAGUUACUGUGAACUCCACCAAGAUCUUUGGGUCCCUGAAGCUUGGCAAGUUGAAGCUGUCUUUGAAGCACUCGGACGUCGGGCCUUUCUCGGUACGAUUAAUGCAAACCCUCAUGAGCCUCCUUGCUUCAAGCACCAUCGUGCCUGCAGUGAACGCACGACUGGCCGAGGGGUUCCCCCUCCCUCUCCCGGAUCACGUGGAGCUCUCCAGCGCCAUGCUGCAGCUUCGCCAGGAUUUCUUGCUCUUUGGAGCAGACGUUCGCUAUGGAUAAUGGCGAUGCAGAAAGAGAAGAGAGGAGAGCCCAGACGCGAUGCAGAA